GCAGUUUUGGGCAUGUGCAGGAACAUUUCCAGAAACGGGAAUUAUCAUAAUCAACAUUACAUCAUCUCACUGUCGACACAAUUUGCUUUAUUAUUUAUUUUUAAUAGAUUCGAGCCUUUUUUAUACAAAUAUUCAUAGUUUUCUUCAUUCAAUAAACAAAAACAAUACAAUAUGUCGUGUUUUAAUUUCAUUAUUAUGAAGGUUAAUGGCGCAGAUGUCAGCAAUUUGCCAUAUGAAGAUGCCGUACAAUUAUUUCUAAAUGCUGAAGAACCAAUAAUCGUAGAAGUUCGCAGGAAAUGCAUGAAUGAAAACAAUAAACUGAGUUUCUUUAACUAUGAUGACGAUUCACCAUACAAAUCUCCAACUUUAGCCGUUAUAGCUUCAUCAUCUUCGAUAUCUUCUAAUGCUCCAUUGGUUUCGCAUGUUCGAAAAGAUGACGAUAAAGUUUUGAAAGCCUCGUCAUCAACAAAUAAUAGUGAAAAACCAGCAAACUCAUCGAUUUCAUGCCAAACUGAUUUGAGUGCUUUCGAUGGAGAAUCUAAAGAAAUUAAUUCACAGAGUGGAAUAUUUUUUCAGACGACCAAAUCUAAGCUGGCAACAACAAAUACCGAUGUCGUCAUUGAUGAAGAAUUUGAUGAUUAUCUUAAAACUGAAUUUGAUUUCGAGGAAAUCGUAUUGACAAAAUCUCAAAGUGCUGAAAAUCUUGGAUUUACAAUCAGCUACAGCACAGAUGACUUUCUUGCAUCUGAUUCAGAAACUGAUGAAUAUGAUGGAGAUGCAGAUGCAGAUAGAGAAUGUGUUAGGAAGAAUCGAAAAUUAAAGGACGAUAAAGAUUACAGUUUGUUGGAUGAAAAAUUUGCACCAAAGUGUAAGAUUUAUGUGAGCGAUAUAAUACCAAAUAGUUUAGCAGACCACGAUGGCCGAUUACGUCAGGGCGAUCGAAUACUUCAAAUAAAUGGUCAAAAUGUUCUUGAAAAAAUAGAUCCAGAUAAAUUAUUGAAAGAAAAUAAGUACUCAGUAAAAAUUUUAGUUUGCCGAUAUGCUUUUGGUGGGGAUGAUGAUUUUCUUGACUCAGCCGUGUAUUGUGAUGAUAAGGAAUGCCAAGAAGACAAACAUAAUUUGUCAUCAAUAUAUGAAUACGAACAAAACACUUUUUCUUCAUCAUCCAAAUUAGAACAAACAUCGCAAUCGGUUAUCACAACCGGAACCGGUACCGCUAAUAACACCAACAAAAAGAUCAGUACAAUGUGUCAAAUCUUACCGUUAAUAGCUACAGAAAAUGUUUGCGAUAUUUUCAAUCAUGCUGAUAUAAAAGAUCAACUAGAAACUGUUAGCAAAGAAAUUUCUUUGCUUAAUUCACAAAUUUCAGUUAUGAAACAAUUGCAAACAGAAGCAUCGUCAAUAGAUAAACGACAACAUCAACAACAACAAAUGUCAUCGUCUUCCCCAAAAAAAGUCAAGAAGAAAAAUCAAAAAUCUUAUUAUAAGACUAAGGACAACAAAUUACCAAUUAAAAGUGAUUCUUCGCCACCAGGUGGCGACAAAGAUGUUGUUGAGCAUAUCUAUGAAACCAUACCUGAAGAUGCCGACUCAGAUGUUUAUUAUUGUUCCCCAUAUGAGGGUGUUAAUGAGCGACGUGUUGAAGAAUGGCUCAAAUCAAUAGGUUGUCCAAAUUCAAAUGUCAACAGUGGCAUCCACAUGGAUAAAAAUCGAAUAGAAAUACAUCCUGUAAAUUUAAGAUUACAAAAACAAAAUAAUACGAUUUUAGAUGAUUACGAUAAUAGCUCGAGUGCCUAUAAUACUGGUGGAUCAUGUAGUAGUGCAUUUUUAGCAUUAGAGAGCAACAAACCGAGCGUUGAUUACCAAAAUGACAGACAGAAUUCUCGGACUUUGGUAUCAAAAUCAUUAAGUAAAACGAAUCAUUCGUCGGAAAAAUAUGUUUGUCGAAAACCCGAUAUUUCAUCAAAUAUAAAAUAUCACACUGGCAAUCCCGAAACUCAAACACCGCCGUCCACCACCAUUCUAUUCAAAGUUCCCUCAAUAAACACCGAUGCCACAGAAGCUGCUUCUACUGCUAUUGAUAGUGAUGGACAUUCGACUUUAGUUGCUAAAUCAAGUGUCUACAGAAUGUGUCAUUCUAAGGUUAUCGAUGAAUACAAGGAAAAGGAUAUGUCUGGAAUGGUAUGGAAAGUCAAACGACGUCCGGAUGGUUCCAGAUAUAUUGUUCGCCGUGUGUCAACAACAAUCCCAGAAAAAAACCGUGAAAAUCUUACAAUCCAGCCAGAGUCUGCAUCAGCCAUAGACGUUGAUUAUAAAAGGCAAUUUAAUAGAGUCAAAGAGCGCAGUCGUAAUCGACAUCACAAGGCCCCAGCAAUCCCGUCCAAGGAAAAAACUCAUUCUCAGCAUUGGUUGGUUUAGAUAAACAUUUACGAUAUACACAAAAAAAAACAACAAAUUCCAAAAAAAAUAUCUUUUAAUAUUGCACUAGAUUUCUUAUUUUUUUUUUUUAUAAUAUUGAAACCGUCGAAACGACAAGAAGACUGAUAAUAUAUUAACAAAAAUAAUAAUAAUAUUAAUAGAUACCACUGCCUUCUAAUGUUUUUGUAUUAUGUUAAUUGUACAUUUAAAUUAGUCAUAUUAUUAACUAAGUCGGAAGAAAGUUUUUAAUAAAUUUAUUCUACAUUUAAUUAUUCCGAAUAUAAAUA